UCCUCCUGGGUGGGACAGAGGCGAGGCCGGGCGGCGGGCGGGGGUAGCUGCUGGGAGCCGGCGGGGGGAGCUCGGUCUCUCUCGCCCUCUCUCCUCUCCCCCCCUCCCGCUUCGGCUUGCCUGCUGGAUGAAGGCGGCGGAGCCAGCAGACAAAGGAGGGGGGUGGUGGGAGCUGGUGCAAAGCGCGGGCGCUGCUGCUGCAAGGCUGCCGGGCAGCGGGGAGGCGGCGGCAGAGGGAGUCCCAGGCUGGGGGGGCAGGAGGGGGCGGCGGCAGCAGCAGCAGCAGAGGCGGGGGAGCGGCCAGCCAUGCCCAGCUCCCUCUGCCCGCCGGACGGCGGGGAGGGCGCCUGCAGGCCCCCUCCCGGCUUGGGGGCGCUGCUGGGCUCCGCCGGCAAGAGGAGCGGCGGCGGCGGCGGCCCCCCUCUGCAGCCGGGCAAGCCCAAGGAAGAGCAGCAGCGGCGGCGGCGGCGACUGCUGCGGCCCCCGCCUCCCCCUCUCCUGCCCCUCUCCCCUCCUCCUCCUCCUCCUCCUCGCCCCCCGCUGGGAGACUUCCCCAAAGCCGCCGAGGAAGGGGCCGGGCAGGAGCCGGCGGCCACGGCGGUAGCGCUCCGCUUUGCGCUGGACCAGCUCUCCCUCCUGGGCUUGGGAGAGGAGAAGGGCGGCCAGGAGGAGGAGGAGGAGGAGGAGAGGAAGAAGAAGAAGGCCAUGGAGGGUCCAGGCGGGGGGCCGGACGGCGGCGAGGAAGAGGAGGACGAGGAGGAGGAAGGGGCGAGGGGCGGCAGCCUGGACCACUUGGUCUUCGCCGGAGCAUCCCUGCUGCCGCCGCCGCCGCCUCCUGCCACGCCGCCGGCGGGGGGGCUGCUGCUGCUGGACCCCGACGAGGGCAGCCCCCCGGCCAUCUGCGCGGCCUCCCCCGCGGAGAUCUUCGGGGCCUUCCACCCCCACCUGGGGGGCCCCCACCCGCCGCCGCCGCCGCACCCCCUGCUGGCCGGGCCCCUGGGCAUCAUCGGCUGCCGCAAGAAGAGCGUCAACAUGACCGAGUGCGUCUCGGUGCCCAGCUCGGAGCAUGUGGCCGAAAUCGUGGGAAGGCAAGGUUGCAAGAUCAAAGCACUGAGGGCGAAGACGAACACCUACAUAAAGACGCCGGUGAGAGGGGAGGAACCUGUCUUCAUUGUGACGGGGCGGAAGGAGGACGUGGAAAUGGCCCAACGGGAGAUCCUCUCCGCUGCCAAGCACUUCUCCAUGAUCCGGGCCACACGCAAUAAGGUCAACGGGGUGUCAGGUUCCGUCCUGGGUCCUCCCAACCUUCCUGGGCAGACCACCAUCCAGGUGCGGGUCCCGUAUCGUGUGGUCGGGUUGGUGGUGGGGCCGAAGGGAGCGACGAUCAAGAGGAUCCAGCAGCAGACUCACACCUACAUUGUGACCCCGAGUCGGGACAAGGAGCCUGUCUUCGAGGUGACGGGCAUGCCCGAGAACGUUGACCGAGCUCGGGAGGAGAUCGAAGCGCACAUCACGAUGCGGACGGGUUCCUUUAUCGACAUCAGCACUGACAAUGACUUCCAUUCCAAUGGCACCGACGUCUGCUUGGACUUGCUGGGCGGCAGCACCUCCGGCUUGUGGGCCAAAGCACCCAAUCCUGCCCGCCGGCCCCUCUCCGGCCUGCGCGGCGAUAACCUUGCUUCCUUGGGGAACGCUACCUCCGUGACAGAGCCUUACUUUGGGGGUCACGUGGCCGACGGCACCCCCAACAGCCCCUUUGGCACCGGCACCAGCUUCCCAUUCACCGAGCCCCAGGCCCCCGUGCUCAGCUCGGACAACUGUGACUUCGGGUUCGAUUUCCUGGCCUUGGACCUCACCACGCCCACCACCAUCUGGUCUCCAUUUGAGCCCUCUGGCAACCCACUUCAGGCCUUCAGUAGCUCCUCCUCCAUCAACGGCGCUUCCCAGAGAUGCAACAGCAGCCUCAGCAGCUCGGCCACCCCCCGACACUCACCAACCCUCCCGGAGACCAGCGUGGCCUUGGAGCAUCCUUUGGCCCGGCGUAUCCAAAGUGAUCCGGUCAGUGCCCUCUCGUGGCUGCCGACCCAGGGUUCCCUCUCCUCGUUUUCCAACAGCACCGGAUACUCGUCUUCCUCUUCCUUACCGAGUAGCGUCUCUGCCACCUCGGGCUCCCCCACGGAUUCGAGCGGCUCUGACGGGGCCCGGAAGAGCUCCCGCGAGUGCAUGGUGUGCUUCGAGAGCGAGGUGAUUGCUGCUCUGGUGCCUUGUGGCCACAAUCUCUUCUGCAUGGAGUGUGCCAUGAGGAUCUGCGGCAAAGCAGAGCCCGAGUGUCCCGCCUGCCACACGCCAGCGACGCAAGCCAUCCACAUCUUUUCAUAGCUGUUGGGCUUCACGGGUUCCGCCGUGCCCUCCCCACCCCCACCCACAAAAACAUGGCUCUUUCGAACUCGUAACUGCUUAAAUACACCCAUUGUAUUUUUAAUUUAAAA